UGCUCUGUCUGUUCUGUUGUGCCGCCUUAACCGCCUUUUGCAUUUUCACAAUUCUAAUUCACAAAAAUGCUGUUCUACUCUUUUUUCAAGUCUCUUGUAGGAAAAGAUGUUGUAGUCGAGUUAAAGAAUGAUCUGAGCAUAUGUGGAACUUUACAUUCUGUCGAUCAAUACUUGAAUAUAAAGCUUUCGGAAAUUAGCGUCAUCGACCCAGACAAAUAUCCUCAUAUGUUGUCAGUGAAGAACUGUUUCAUCAGAGGCUCUGUAGUCCGCUACGUGCAGUUACCAGCAGACGAAGUGGACACCCAGCUUUUGCAAGACGCUGCCAGGAAAGAAGCGACGGUUUCUACGAGAUGAACAUAACCUCAAAAUCCUAGAUUUAUUUUGGAGCGUUUGGUCGUUAAGUACGUGUAAAUAAUAAGUGUAAGCUUGAAUUAAAAUGUUAUAUUGAU